GGUAGCUAGGUGCUGAGAAUCACCAGACGCCCUGGUCAUAGGUACUUUACGUCACCAAUUGAGCGAGCUCCAAUGCGGGGCAGCAACCCCUUUCCCCACGCAAGCAUUGAUAUCUCGGAUCCUCUUUCCAUUUGCCAUACUGACGAUGCCGGUCUUCAAUCAAUAUCACUACAGAGCUUUGCUCGCAGAAGACGAGACCCGGUUCAUCAUACUAGACUCAGCAACACGCGAAGAUGAGCCCCUAAGUUGCUCAAUCAUCCAUCGCAGGCGCUCGAACCAGGCUGGGAACUACGUCGCUAUUUCAUACGUAUGGGGCGAACCCGAUUUCUCUCGGAGUCUCAAAGUAAAAUGCGACGACGAUAUUUCAUAUCUAAAAAUCACACCUAACGUUGACGUCCUACUACGGCGCCUUCGAGCACUAAAAGUGCUAGAUUGUCUAUGGCUCGACGCCAUAUGUCUCAACCAGGCCGACGAGAAUGAAAAAUCUCAACAGAUCCCCGCGAUGGGCCGUAUUUUUGGAGAAGCGAAAAUGGUACAUAUCUGGAUUGGUCCCGAAGACCAUUCAACAGCGAAAUUAUUUACCUUUUUCCGGUACAUUGCCCUACUCCCUGAAGUCGAAAAAGUGAACAUGGCGUCAAAUAUCGUAGCUCUCAUGAAUACCGUCUUCGGAAAUGCCGGCGUCAUGUUAGCGCUCGAGUCUUUCGGUGAUUUCUCCGAACGUCCUUGGUUUUCGCGUCGCUGGAUUAUCCAAGAGGCGUGUCUUGCACGGCGGGCGAUUGUUCAUUGCGGGGGUUACUCUGUUCCCCUAUCUUCGCUGGUCUUGGCGGCGGAACGGUACCAAACUCUUGACAUGUCGUCUUAUCCAAUCAAAGUGAUGGCCAACUUGCGCAAACCAACGGAAAAUCUUACGAUUUUGCAGUUAUUGUGGAAUUUUCACGAAGCUCAGUGUCUUGAACCGAAAGAUCGCGUUGCCGCCCUAUUAGGUCUCGUGCGAGAUGCAAAUUGGUUUUGCUUGGAUUACACUGCUCACUGGACUGAAGUAUAUAAGCAGGUUGUUUCGGGUAUCUUCGUUCAUGGUGAUAAUGAUAUGCGACUUCAAGUAAUGCUUCACCUUUUUGAAUUUGGAUCUGUUAUGCUGCCAGAUAAUGUCCCCUACCCCUCCUGGAUCCCUAACUGGUCGAAUUCCCGAGUGCGAGAUCUUCCUUACGAUUCUUUUAUAAGGAACUUGGAUACCUAUGAAGCUUAUCCUGAUUCUCUUGGACAUUCCGAAAAGGCCACAUUGAAAUUUUGCGAUGGCGCUCUCCGUAUUGAUUGGCAUGCCUCAUUGGGUACUCCACGAGAUCUACAGGUUGUUUAUGCCACGAAGUGUGGCUCGCUUCCAGUAGAAGAAGAGGAAAGAGCAGAGCAUGUUGUUGACAUUUUGAAGACACUUCUACCACUCACACCUGAUUCGGCGUCGCGAAUCCUUGCACUCUCUUCUUUGGUUAAAGUGAUUGUAGAAUUUCGUCAAUCAGGUCGUGAUCUAGGAUUAAAGAGCUCACCUAGCGAUAAAUUCAUUAGAAGCAUCGUCCGGAAGCUACCAAAGUCAUUACGUACCGAAGUACUAGAUGCGCUGAGGGAAUUGAAUUCUCUCCUCCAAGACUUCUGUCUAUUCGAGCUUGGAUCAGGAGGUUCGGAGUUUGAGACCAAUACGGGUUAUGGCAUGAGCUCACAGCAGAUACAAGUUGGCGAUGUGAUGGUACCACUCUGGAAUACGAAAUGGGAGCAUUAUGAGCGCAGUAAUUUUUUGAGUCAAGCAGAAGCAACUAUGUAUUUGAGCACUAUGCUUGCCGUGAGACGAACUAAAGACCAAAUCCCGCAGGACACCGCCAACGUAUCAGAAGAUACCGAAACAGGCAGAAUAGUUGGCUGGGCUGUGUGUGCUAUUCCGAAGAACAAACAGAGUUUGGAAAAUGGUGAACCGAGUAACGGAAGGCGGGAUGACAGCGUGGAUAAGGCACAGUGGUGCUCAAUGAGGCUGUUAUAGAUUUUGUUAGGAGUCGCGCAUAAGGAGCCAAGACGAAGAGCUGCGACGAUGAUGGCGGGAUUUUCAGUAGGAAUUAGGUAAAUUGGAUAAUAAUGGCUUAUCUAUAUAGUAAAAGAUUUAGAGGGAACGAAUGCUCGACGCGGCCUCGUGAUUCGAGAAGACGAUGCGAUAGGGGUGCGUGACAAUAGGGACAAUUGAAUGUUGGAAUUUGAAGGCUGUGCAUAUUGGAUUUAAUGCGUCUUGGGAAUUAAUGAGUAUGAGCUAAAUAUGAAUUCAUUUCUAUGUUGAAAUUCGAGCUGGCUUUCUCUAAGGUGAAUU